AUGAUCCGGAGGCGCAUGCAGUUCGCUCGCAGGGGAGAUGGGUCCUGCUGCCUGACCGAGGCAGAGAUGGCUAAGAAGCUCGGGUCCGAAAAGGAGAGGACGCGGCCCGAGGUGAGCGACGUGGCUUUCUCUUUGGACGGCAAAGCCGUGCCCCAAGAGCGUCUGGUGGAGCUCCACAAACGCCUCUUUGCGCAGGCUGGUGGCUCGUACUGCCCAGGCUGCACCGGCGCCGGUGACUUGUGCCAGCCCAUCGGCCCGCUCGGGCCUGGGCGCCACCUGGUCGGCCUCCGCGUCGAGCCGCGCACUUUCCAGUCCUCCGACAUGGCCGUGGAGGUGCUGCAGCUGCUGCUGGUUGCGGAGGCGCGGUGA